AUGUCUUUCGCCAAUACCGUUCUGGUAACCGGAAGUAAAUCCGGCAUCGGCAAAGGGUUGCUUUCCACAUACGCCUCUCGCCCCAGCACACUAGCCAUUGCCGCCAUUCGAGAUGGGCCUGAUUCUGCAGCCGCCAAAGCCCUGACUUCCCUACCUGUUGGCCCUGGCAGCAAGAUUGUGGUCGCCAAGUACGAUGCCUCAUCAAAGACAGCGGCUGUGGACCUCGUUGACUUCCUCAAGUCGGUUCAAAACAUCUCUGCCCUUGAUAUCGUGGUGGCCAACGCGGGCAUUCUGAAACACUUUGGUCCUGCCAAAGAAGCUUCCGCGGAAACUAUCAUGGAGCAUUUGGAAGUCAACACUUUAGCGCCCAUAUUGCUCUACCAGGCCACCCAAGAACUGUUGAGUGCCUCUGAGCAGACACCAAAGUUCUUCAUCAUCUCCUCCAAUAUUGGCAGUAACACUCUCCAAGACAGCUACCCGUUGCCAAUGAUCGCGUACGGUAUGUCCAAGGCAGCUGUGAAUUGGGCAGUCAGCCGAAUUCACCGAGAGGAAGGUCGGAUUACUGUUGUUGCAAUGCAGCCAGGUUGGGUUCAGACAGCCAUGGGCAAUACUGCGGCCGAGUUCGCAGGUAUGAAGGCAGAAGAGGUUCCGGUAAAGUUGGAGGAUUCUGUCAAUGGAUUGAUCUCGGUCUUCGACAAGGCCGACAAGGCCACGUACAGUGGAAAGUUCUGGGAUCAGAAUGGCGUUCAGAUGCCUUGGUGA